GGCGAAUCUGGGGCGAGGGCGUCCCCACCUUGCCAUAGACGGCGACGGCCCUUGUCCAGCACGUAUGCGGGUUUGCAGUAACGUCCUGGGGGGGCCUCGCAACAUCGGCGCGACUGCAGCGGUUCAGCGCCAGAGCCUUGAACCCCGCCGCGCGCCUUGUAUUGGGAACAGGCUGGAUGGGCCGGCCCGUGCCCCUCUACAUGCCCAGCGGCGCGGGCUCCGCUUUCAACGUGCGCGGGCGCAGAAUGGCCAGCCUGUUGGGCCGCCCGCCUCCUUAGGAUGUCGGCGACGCCGCUCCGGGACGCGCGCGAGGAAGACCAGAAAAGCUAUCAGAAUGGGGGUGGGCUGAUGACGCCGGGCGUGUUCUUUCAUGGGAUGGCGGCUAAAUAUGAGGCGCCACUGCACCCAAGUCGCGGCGGCUCCGCCGGGGCUUCUGUAUGCCCCCACGCCAGCCCCCCCGCCGAGGCAGGGUGGCCGAGGCCUCCCGGCCACCGCCUUACCUGCUCCCCCUCCGGUGGGACCGACGCCGGGCACCACUUGCAAGCCGCGCA